AUGUCGGGGGAGGCGAGUGCGCCCGGGGUCUCCCCUCGGGCCCCACGUCCCGGGACACAGAAGUCGUCCGGCGCGGUGACCAAGAAGGGGGAUCGCGCGGCCAAGGAGAAGCCGGUCACCGUCCUGCAGCCGGUGGGCGAGGAGGAGCCCAAGAACCCUGAGGAGUACCAGUGCACCGGGGUCCUCGAGACGGAUUUCGCGGAGCUCUGCACGCGCUCGGGCUACACCGACUUCCCCAAAGUUGUUCCCCGGCCUCGCCCGCACCCGGCCUUCGUCCCCUCUGCCUCGAUGUCGGAAAAGCCCGCCUUAGACGAUCAGCGCCUGUCGGGGUCUUGCAGCCUCAACAGUCUGGAGAGCAAGUACGUGUUCUUCCGGCCCACGGUGCAGGUGGAGCUGGAGCCCGAGGACAAGUCGGUGAAGGAGGUCUUCAUCCGCGGCUGGAAGGUCGAGGAGCGGAUCUUGGGAAUCUUCUCUACAUGUCUGCCUCCGCUCAGCCAGCUGCAGGCCAUCCACUUGUGGAAGGUGGGGCUGACCGAUAAGACCCUGAGCACCUUCAUCGCUCUCCUGCCUCUCUGCGCAUCCACGCUCAGGAAGGUGUCUCUGGAGGGCAACCCGCUGCCCGAGCAGUCCUAUCACAAGCUCAUGGCGCUGGACAGCACCAUCUCCCACUUGUCCCUGCGGAACAACGACAUCGACGACCAUGGGGCACAGCUGCUGGGCCAGGCUCUGUCCACACUGCACAGCUGCAACCGCUCCCUGGUCUCGCUCAACCUGGGCUUCAACCACAUCGGGGAUGCAGGCGCUGGCUACAUCGCCGAUGGCCUCAGGUUGAAUCGCGCCCUGCUCUGGCUGUCCCUGGCACACAACCGUAUCCAGGACCAGGGCGCCUUGAAGCUGGCCGAGGUCCUGCGCCCCUUCGAGCUGACACACACGGAGGUGGUGGAGCGCCGCCGCCUCCUGCUGGAAAAGGGGUCUCAGGAGCGCUCGAGAUCGCCUUCCUCCUCCCGACAUGGGGACUCCAAAGGCGAGAAGAACCCCUUCACGGGCGUCAGCAAUGUUGCCCUGUCAGAGAAGCCAGACAAGACGCCUGCCACGAAGACCCUGAAAGGCCUGGGAAAGAAAAAGGAUAAGUCAGGGGACGGGGCGAAGAGAGAGGAGAAGCCGGGGUCAGGGCAGUCACCCACACAGGGGACCCUCAAGAAAGAAGACACCAAGGCCUCCAAGGGGAAGGUCACCAUCCCGGAGCAGAAGCCCAGCAAGGGGAAGGGGCCCAAGAUCGGAAACAAGGAGAAGCGCAGCUUCCUGCUGGAGUCCGAGCACGGAGGACAGAGAGCGCGGCCGUGGGCUGAGCCCCUCGGGUCAGCUGCAGGGGUCCUCCUGCUUCAGCAGCUGGUCUCGGAGCCUUCAGAGGUGGUUAACCCUCUCCUGGAGCCCGUGGAGCACCGAGAGGGGAAAGUGUUCAUGCCUGGGAACAAGGUCCUUCUGCACCUCAACCUCACCCGAAACCGCAUCACCGAGGUGGGGCUGGAGGGCUUCUUGGCCACCGUGCAGCACCAGGCCCAGUUCUCCAAGUCCAAGAGCGCGGCCAAGGGCCCCGUGGGGCUGCUGUGCUUGUCGCUGGCGAAAAAUUACUUCUCCCCACAAUGUCCAACGUACACCAUGAUCCAGGAGCUGAUGCUGCCCAGGGACCCCAUCAGCAAGGCCAAGCCCAGAGAGGAGGAGCCCUUGGCGUCCUCCACCUAG